UUUCUUGGCCUAGCUACUUUUCUUGAGUCCUUUGCCACGUGUAUGUGUAUCCAUGUACUACUACUACAUACGGAUACGUUUCCAAAAUGAUAAUGAUAUUUUUUUCUUUUGGGGGUAUGGUAUAAUAGGGUAAACUAACAAUCAUAAGAUUCGAGAAUCUAUUACUCCAUCUCUUUGCUUCAUCUGUAAACACACACAACUUUAUCUUUGAUGCCCCUCUCUAAAUCUAAACCUGACUGAGAAUAAUUCGGAAAUCAGAGAGAAAGAAAGGAAGCUUUUGUGAAGGCUUUAGCGUCAGGAAAGCUAAAAAAAAGAUAUAAGAGUUGUUUCUUCAGCUGCAAGUUUCUUUCUAUACCGUGAUAAUAGAGAGAGGCAACAUGGGAGAUCACUUCGUGCUGCUGGUGGAUCGGUUGAUAACAGAAUCCACCAUCGAGGCUGCCAUUCAGAGAAGGAACCGUAUGUUGCAAGCUAAUACACCCGUCGAGGAAUGUACGGUCCUCGAUGAGAAAACGCUUGAGAAGCUGCGUAACGGUGAUCUGUCAAUGGCGCAGUGCAGGAUAUGUCACGACGAGGACUUGGAUUCAAGCAUGGAGACUCCUUGUUCUUGCAGCGGCAGCUUGAAGUAUGCGCAUCGGAGGUGCGUGCAGAGAUGGUGUAACGAGAAAGGUGAUACCAACUGCGAGAUUUGCCAUCAGGAAUUCAAGCCGGAUUAUACAGCACCGCCUCCGUUGCUAGAGUUGGGUCAUGUUCCUCUCCAUUUCAGGGGAAACUGGGGAAUCUCUCAACGGGAGCAUCGUUUCAUCACAGUUGUACCUGCUGAUUCCACUUUUAUCGACCAACAAUAUCCUCUUUCUUCCACCACAAGCUUUAUCUGCUGCCGUUCCCUUGUCCUCAUUUUCAUGGCUCUUCUCAUUCUCCGACAUACUCUCCCUCUAGUCCUCACCGGAUCAAACCUCCAUGUCUUCCCUUUGUUCACGUUGUUGUUUCUAAGAGUACUCGGAAUCAUGCUACCCAUCUAUGUCGUCACCAAAGCAGUCGCUACCUGCCGCCGCCAUUCUCAGACCUCAGACACCUCUUACUCCGAAGAUUCAUCGGAUGAUGAAACAGAAUCAUGGCGCCUGCCUCAAACGCAAUCUUACAUUAUAGGCGUGCGAUAAGCACCAUUAUUUUCUUUCACACACACACAAAAGUCAAACGUCACUGUAAAUAUAAUUUCUGGUUUAUACAUGUAAAAUGUUGGAUUGGUUUAACAGAUUGAAAAAAGAAAAGAAAAGUAUCUCA